CCAUUUUGCAUAGUACAAGGAAAGUAGAAAGAAAAUGGCAAGAAUGGGAGGUGGUUCUUUAUUGAUGUCCAUUGUUUUAGUGGCAGUGAUGGUUUAUGAAGCUAGAAUGGUCCAAGGAGCUGGGUUAAGCCCUAGCCAAUGCAAGCAGGAGCAAACCCUAGGUGUGAAUGCAUGCAGGGAUAUCCUGCUGGGGAAGGCACCAUCCCCAGCUUGUUGCGGUCGUGUUCGGGUUAGCCAUGUCGAAUGCAUAUGCCCUGCUAUCACUCCUAAAUUGGCUUCUCUUAUCAAUGUUAAACAAGCAAUUAAACUCCUUCAAGAUUGUGGAAGAAAAGUUCCUCGUCACUUCCAGUGUGGAAGUCUAAAUUUCCCUUAAGAGCUGUUUCAUUUCCUUCCCAAGUUUGGUGGGAUUUUGUGACUAAUAUCAGAGAAAUAAAGAGGAUAGACUAUGAUAUCGAUGUUUUAUGUGAUGUAAGGUCAACAAAGACCAUUAUUUUCUUGAUGAGAUUGGAAGAAUGAAUCAUCACAAGGUUUAACUUCCUGUUAUGUACUCGUACAUCUCACCCAAUAAAUCUGUUUCUCAUUUUUAAUUAA